GGGUGGGCAAGUUGGGUGGCGAGCGGGUCGGCCGCGACCCCUGCGACGAAGAGGACGGCCUGCUGCAGUUCAACAGCUUUAAUUUCUGGAGGGCUCCUAUCGCCAGCAUCAGCUCGUUAGAUUUCGACCUCAUUUGA